AUGGCCACAUGCGUUAGGAGGCAGGGGGAGUCGAUCGUCGACCUGACAUGGGUCACUCCCUCUGCUUCGAGGCUGGUAAGCGGGUGGAGGGUACUGGCGGAGAUCGAAACCAUAUCUGACCACAGAUAUGUGGAAUUCUCCGUCGGUGCCUUCCCCCGCGAGGUGAUCGAGCGCCGCCGAAACAGGGAGGCUGUCUCUCAAAGAUGGGCCCUCAGGAAGCUAGACCAAGACGCGUUUCUGGCCGCAGUCGAGGCGGCCCUGAUGGUUAGAGGAGAGGAAAGUAGGGGGGACCAGGAAGGAGAAAGGGCAUGGCUGCACAAGACAAUAAUCAAUGCUUGCGACGCGGCCAUGCCCAGAAUAAAGAGAAGGUCCCCCCGAAAGACAUACUGGUGGUCGGAAGAAAUCGCCGAAGCAAGACAAGCCUCCGACCACGCAAGAAGGAAAGUUUAUAGGAGGAAAAAGCUCGAGCGGUUAGACCCCGAGGGGUAUCAGGACGCGUGGGACAAUUACAAGGAAAAGAGGGAUGACCUACGCGUCCUGAUACGGAGGGCAAAGGCGAGAGCCUGGGACGAAUUGCUCUCCUCCCUGGACGAGGACCCAUGGGGCGCCCCUACCGCAUAG